CUAGUGAGUUCUGCGAAUGAGGUAUUUAAUGAUACCUUAAUGGAUAUCGUUUGAAGUAUUUGAAAACGAAAUUAAAGUGGAUUCAAAAAAGUCGCAUUUCAAGCAAGCCUGGCAUCGAGUGCAGAUUCCGACGACGGUGGAGUAUCUCCCCCACCCUUAAAAAAGCAGCGCCUUUCUGCAGUCAGUACUAACAUGCAAGCCAGUAAUGGUUGUCACAAUGGUGAAUCUGCUUCAACUAGUAAUGACUUGCAAAACGGUAGUUGUUCCUUGGAAGACAGUGGUGAAAUUAAUGGAGAGGUUCAUAAGACGAUAUCCUCAAAGAUAAGAUCCCAAACAGAUCAGGACAUAAUACGUCUAAUUGGCCAGCAUCUCCGUGGUCUGGGUUUAAACCGUACAGCAGAACAGUUGAUGAAAGAAUCGGGUUGUCGAUUGGAUCAUCCUUCUGCAGCCAAAUUUCAGGCCCAUGUCAUGGAUGGUGAUUGGACAAAGGCAGAAACAGAUCUGGGGGACUUGAAACCACUUCUAGAAAGUCAUCAUUCCCUUGUUGAGAUGAAAUUUUUAUUACUGGAGCAAAAAUAUCUUGAAUAUCUUGAAGACGGACAUGUUUUAGAAGCAUUACAAUGUCUAAGACAUGAACUUACACCUUUAAGGUUUAAUACUAACAGAGUACAUGAGCUAAGUAGUUACAUGAUGUGCAGCACAGGUGAAGAAUUGAGACGUAUGUCUCAUUGGGACGGAAAAGGAACACAUUCAAGACAAAAACUCAUGGAAAAGCUUCAAGCAUUUUUACCUCCUUCGGUUAUGUUACCACCCAGACGGUUGCAAACGUUACUACAUCAAGCAGUUGAACUUCAGAAAGACAGGUGUCCUUAUCACAAUUCCAAGGCGGAGAGCAACUUGGAGAAUGUUUCUCUACUUAUAGAUCACACAUGUACAAAGGAACAGUUCCCAUGCGAGACGGUGCAAGUUCUCAAAGAUCACUGUGACGAGGUCUGGUUUUGCCGUUUCUCAAAUGACGGUAGAAAAUUGGCCACUGGGUCUAAAGACACUACAAUUAUCAUUUGGGACGUCAAUCCUGACACAUUGGAAUUAAAUCAUCGAAGAACAUUUGAAGGUCAUCCUGGCGGCGUUUCCUUCUUAGCUUGGAGUCCUGACGAUACAUAUCUCAUUGCAUGUGGCCCAGAUGAUUCAUCAGAUUUGUGGGUUUGGAAUAUUGAGAUUGGAAGUCUAAGGGUAAAAAUGAACCAUUCACCUGAAGAUAGCCUAACAACUUGUGCAUGGCAUAAGGAUGGGAAGAAAUUUGUGUGCGGUGGUACAAGGGGACAAUUUUACCAAUGUGACUUAGAUGGCAGCAUCUUAGACUCUUGGGAAGGUGUUCGUGUGCAGUGCCUGUGGUGCAGGAAAGAUGGCAAAACUGUUCUUGCCGCAGACACACACCACCGUAUCAGAGCAUAUAAUUUCGAAGAAAUGACAGAUGCUAAUAUUUUACAAGAGGGUCAUUCCGUCAUGUCUUUCACCUGUGAUGAAACUGGCAGGAUGGCUUUGCUGAACGUUGCAACUCAGGGUGUUCAUCUCUGGGACAUCGAAGACAAAGUUCUAGUACGUAAAUUUCAAGGAGUUACACAAGGCUAUUACACGAUUCAUUCUUGUUUUGGUGGUGUUAAUCAAGUUUUUAUAGCAAGUGGUAGUGAAGACAAUAAAGUUUACAUCUGGCACAUCAAAAGAGAAAUGCCUAUAGCCGUGCUCUUAGGCCACACACGCACUGUCAAUUGUGUUUCUUGGAAUCCCACCUACCCUAGCAUGCUAGCGAGUGCCUCAGACGAUGGAACUGUCAGAAUUUGGGGACCCGCUGAAAAAUAUCGUUCAAACAGUAAAGGACAAUCCCUAAGUAUAUCAAAUGUAUAGCCUAACUUUUAAGUAGGAACCUCUAUUUAAUCCAUUGGUGGCAGAAACGGAAACCCGAAAGCCUUCUCGAAGCAAUGAAUCUUCUCCGGAGAGAUUCAUUGAAACGAACCAAAUAAGUGAAACUCCCUGUGACUUUCCAUCUUAGGUCCAUUAAUAGGAAAGGUGAUAUUCACACAAGGCUGCAGAGGUGGCGACCUUCACCAAGUUUUGGGUUUAGCUCUUCGGCAGUGAAUUAUUGUGCCUAUGUUUCUGAAGUGUUUGCAUGUGCUUCUCAUCUGUUUGAUUAAGGCCCGAAUUUGGUGGUAAAUUAAAGCGGUGCGAUUUAAAAGCAUGUACGUAGCAUUUUUCUGUUCGCUCGAGCACAUUUUGAUUUGAUGUUUUUGGUGUUUUCAUUUCUUGUUUUUAUCUUCAAGUUGCUUUCCUGCAUUUUGAAAAGUAAAAAAAAAAAAAAAAAAAAUCCUUAAGUUUUUUUAAAUACCUCUUUCUAAAAUUAUUUUUUAACGUUUUAGAAAGAGAAACAUUCAUGAGUCAUCCAUUUUUAUAGUUUCCUUUUUAAAAGUUUAAGUGGAAACAGGAAUAUUUUAAACAAAGCAAGGGCUUAUGCAGCUCAAAAUGCAAGAAGAAUUGCCAGUUCCUAA